AACAUUCCGCCUAAGUUUCAGUUUCAAUUUCAAUUUGAAUUUGUAGCCUUCGUCGGCGCCACGCCAAAGAGCACACAAACCGAUUUGCCGGUUCGUUCCGUCUUUUCUACUCUGCGCUCGCUCGACGCUAACCAUUCAAAACAUCUGCGACGUCGUAUCGUAUGCAUGAUUCACGUUAGCACCAUAGAAGAACCCACACUUCUCUUUCCUCGCACCAUUCCAUGGCUUCUCCUACGCAUCGCACGCGCCUCGAUCAGUUUUACGUGUCAAAGAAAAGGAAAGCUGAGGCGCCGGUUCGUAAAGCGGGAAGAUCCGAGAAAGGUGCCAAGCAAGGGGCUGACGCGUCUCCGAGUUCCAAAGGCACUUUGGACGGUUAUUUGAUUUCGUCGCAGGAUGGAGAUGGUGACGUUAACAGUGCCACCGCCCCAAAAACCACAGUUAAGAGAAAUUUGGCAUCAGAGAUCGGUACUUCUCUUGCCAAUGGACAUAAUAAGCAUACUGUUUUAUCGGCUCAAGGGUUUGGUGAUUUUCAAACUAGUGGGCCGAGUGAAUUCGGACAGAGUGCCGCGAAAUUGGAGCUCGAACAGUUUGCAGCUGGCUUUUUGUCUCUGUAUUGCAGUGAAUUGCAUCCCAGUGUGGAUUUCCCUUCAGAGAUGAAAGUGGAUGAACACAAGAGUCAUGGUACUGUGGCAGAGGGACAUAGUUGUUUACCACAGAAGAGUAAGUGCACUGCCAGAGAGCCAGGUUUUGGUGUUGAAAAUGUAUCAUUAAAUGUCAAGAUUGACGAAGACGUGAAGUCUGGUGUUGUCGGUAAUAAUACUAUGGGAUAUGUUCCUAUCUCUUGUUCGAAGGUUUCUGGUUGUGGUGACACUGCUGCCUUUGAGACAGGCUUUAGAAAGUGUAGUAAUACACCUAAAAUGUCUAGGAAUAUGGCUGAAUGCUAUACACCGGGGUCUUUGAUUGUUAAAGCUAGGGUUAAGGAGACUCCAAAGUCAGUACACGGAAGCUCAUCAUUUUCACCUGGAGAGGCAUUUUGGAAUGAGGCAAUUUUACUUGCUGACAGUUUGUGUGUUCCCAUGGAUAAUGAUCCUUCUAAGGCUAUGGGGGAAAGUAAUGUGGUGGAAGAUGGACCUGAGAUGAAGAACUCAUGCAAUUUACAAAAUUAUGAUGGCAAGCCAAGGAAAAUAUUAGAUCAAAGUAAAAGCAGAAUCUGGAAUAUGGAAACAGGCACACCUUUCAGGUUAGUGGGGAUGCACACAAAAGAUUCUGUGAAAGAAGCAUCCAGCCUUCCCGUGAAACAUUUUGAUUUUUCGUUUGAGGACAACAGUUUAGAAGAAAAUACCAUGCAAAAUGGUCAUGGUGAUCAGGGCAAUGUUGCUUACAUGGCUUGUAAACAGUAUGAAUCAGGUCCUACCACAAGUCAUACUUAUGAAAAGAAGAAUGAAGUACAAGAGAAGACUUUAGUAAAUAAAUUACGAAACAGAAAUUGUCAUGGUAAUGUUAGUAUGACAUCUAUUCCACCCCACAAUGAGGUUAGGACACCAAUUAAUGCACAAGAAACUGAUGAAGCAAAUACUCCUUCAACUAGUGUAUCGUUUAAUGAUCAUUUUGACCUAAAUAGCUGGCUUCCUCCUGAAAUAUGCAACAUAUAUAGGAAGAAAGGAAUAUCAAACCUGUACAAUUGGCAGGUUGAUUGCCUUCAAGUGGAUGGUGUCGUACAGAGAAGAAAUCUUGUAUAUUGUGCUUCUACAAGUGCUGGUAAAAGUUUUGUUGCUGAGAUUUUAAUGUUGCGGAGGGUGAUAACAACUGGAAAAAUGGCGCUACUUGUUCUCCAAUAUGUAUCAAUUUGUGCAGAAAGGUUCUCUUCUGGCUUGCUAAUAUCCAUUGGUCAAACCUGUCGUAGUUUUAAUGGAAACCAAGGUGGUGGAACACUUCCUAAAGAUACUUCUGUAGCUGUCUGCACAAUAGAGCAGGGCAACUCACAAUUUAAUUGUUUGGAAGAGGGUCGUCUGUCAGAAUGGGAAUUAAUAGUGAUUGAAGAACUUCACAUGGUUGGUGACCCAGAAAGGUAUCUUCUAGAACUUAUGUUGACAAAGCUUCGUUAUGCAGCAGGGGAAGGUAUUCCAAAGUCAAGUGAUGGAGAAAGUUCAGGUGGAAGCAGUGACAAAGCUGAUCCUGCACAGGGUCUGCAAAUUGUGGGAAUGAGUGCAACAAUGCCAAAUGUUGCAGCAGUUGCUGACUGGCUUCAAGCAGCACUAUACCAGACAGAGUUCCGGCCAGUUCCACUGGAAGAAUAUGUAAAAGUUGGUAACUCCAUUUACAGCAAAAAUAUGGAACUUUCUAGAACAAUCUCAAAAGUUGCUGACCUUGGAGGUAAAGAUCCAGAUCAUGUUGUUGAACUAUGUAAUGAGGUUGUUCAAGAGGGACAAUCAGUGUUAAUAUUUUGCUCUAGCCGGAAGGGUUGUGAAUCAACUGCAAGGCACAUUGCAAAGUUCCUUAAAAGAUUUACUGGUGAUGUUAAUGGUUGUGAGUUUGCUGAUAUUGGUUCUGCUAUUAAUGCCUUGAGAAAGUGUCCAGGUGGGUUGGACCCCAUAUUGGAGGAAACUCUUCAUUCUGGUGUUGCAUUUCAUCAUGCUGGCCUUACGGUUGAAGAGAGAGAGAUUGUUGAAACCUGUUAUCGGAAGGGUCUUAUACGUGUUUUAACUGCCACAUCAACCUUAGCAGCUGGGGUAAAUCUGCCAGCUAGGAGAGUGAUUUUCCGCCAACCUAGAAUUGGUUGUGAUUUUCUAGAUGGGACGAGGUACAAACAGAUGGCUGGUCGUGCUGGUCGAACUGGAAUUGAUACAAAAGGAGAAAGUAUACUUAUCUGUAAACCAGACGAAGUGAAAAAAGUUACAACACUUCUUAAUGAAAGCUGUCCCCCUUUACAUUCUUGUUUGUCAGAAGACAUGAAUGGAAUGACACAUGCAAUCUUAGAAGUAGUGGCUGGAGGAAUUGUUCAAACUGCUAGCGAUAUUAACCGUUAUGUUAGAUGUACUCUUUUGAAUUCUACAAAAUCAUUUCAAGAUGUAGUAAAAUCUGCACAAGAAUCCCUUAGAUGGUUGUGCCAAAGAAAAUUUCUUGAAUGGAAUGAAGAUACUAAACUGUAUAAUACCACACCUCUUGGACGAGCAUCUUUCGGAAGUUCUCUUUGUCCAGAAGAAUCACUUAUUGUGUUAGCUGAUCUCUCAAGGGCAAGGGAAGGAUUUGUCCUUGCAUCUGACUUGCAUUUAGUUUACUUAGUGACACCAAUCAAUGUUGAUGUGGAGCCAAAUUGGGAAUUGUUCUAUGAGCAUUUUGUGAGAUUGUCUCCUCUUGACCAGUCAGUUGGCAAUCGAGUAGGUGUGACGGAACCAUUCUUGAUGCAUAUGGCGCAUGGUGCACCACUACGCGCUUCUAACAAGUCAAAACAUAAUACAAGAUCAUUGCACUGUCAACAAAGAAACCGACCUGGGAUUUCCAAUUCAACAACCAACUAUGAUGAUCAAACACUUCGUAUUUGUAGAAGAUUCUAUGUUGCACUCAUUUUGUCACUUCUAGUUCAGGAAACUCCUGUGGGUGAAGUUUGUGAAGCGUUCAAAGUUGCCAGGGGAAUGGUCCAAUCCUUGCAAGAUAAUGCGGGUAGGUUUGCAUCUAUGGUUGCUGUGUUUUGUGAGAGACUUGGUUGGCAAGAUCUUGAAGGCUUAGUUGCUAAGUUUCAAAAUCGUGUAUCUUUUGGAGUUAGAGCAGAGAUUGUAGAACUUACCACCAUUCCCUACGUGAAAGGUUCCCGAGCCAGAUCACUCUAUAAAGCAGGUUUACGUACACCUCUUGCAAUUGCUGAAGCAUCCAUUCCAGAGAUAGUAAAAGCACUUUUUGAAAGUUCUUCGUGGGCCACAGAAGGUUCUGCCCAAAGGAGCUUUCAAUUUGGGUUAGCAAAAAAGAUAAAGAAUGGUGCACGCAAGAUUGUUCUUGAUAAAGCUGAGGAGGCUAGUAAUGCUGCUUUCUCAGCCUUUAAGUCUCUUGGGUUUAGUGUACCGCAGUUUGCUCCUCGCAUGUUAUCUACUGCUACUCAUGAUUCUAUCCGCCAAGAAGCUGGAAGUACCUCCGGAAGUGACACGACUGACACUAGUCAUAAUUUUGUUGAUGCAAAUCACAUGGUUAAUUCUAAUAAAUUUACUUCAGAUAAAGAAAGAGAAGAACUAAUUAAAUUAUCUGUUAGUGGUGCUCUGGCUUCUGUGGAAGGAAAAUCAAGCAACAAGAUGCUAUGUAGCUUGUCCACCUUUCCUGUUGCUGGACCUACAAUGGAUGAGCACAACGGGACUUUUGACCUUGCUAAAAAUCUAGACAUGUCCAACUUCUCUGCUCCAUUUCUGGAACCAAAGGAUAAAUCUUGUGUACAUGAUGGCUGCCAUGCUCAUUGUACAGAGGAACAGCUUAAGAAUGAAAAUUUGGCUAGUGGUAAUUCUGGUUGUUCAAGUAAGAAAGGUCCCAUUAAUGCAGUUAGUUGUCCAGGUGGGCUUGAUUCAUUUUUGGAUAUAUGGGACACUGUGCCAGAGUUCUACUUUGAUAUCCAUUACAUCAAGCGUUUGGAAUUGCACUCUGCUGUCCCCUUUGAGAUAUGUGGCAUAGCUGUUUGUUGGGAAAACUCUCCUGUGUAUUACGUUAAUCUUCCAAGAGAUAUUCUGUUUUCUGACAAAGCAAAAGAUGAUUGUUUAUCCAUGAGUACAUGCAGUGAUAAACAGAAAGUUUCAUCUUCUAAGUGUAACAAAGAUUUAGAGAUUGCUAGACACAGGUGGAGCAGAAUUAGUAAAAUAAUAGGGAAAAGAAAUGUAAGAAAGUUCACCUGGAAUUCGAAGAUUCAGAUUCAGGUGCUGAAAAGUCCUGCAUUUCCUGUUCAGAGAUUCAGAGGUUUGGACAUACCCGGAACAAGUGUGAACCUUGAAGUCAUAGACAAUUCAUAUGUGUUAUUUCCCCCUAUUCAUGUUCAGGAUGCAAUUGAUCUAUGUAUCGUGGCUUGGAUUCUUUGGCCUGAUGAAGAGAGUAGCUAUACUCCAGACCUUGAUAAGGAGGUGAAGAAGAGGUUAUCCUCUGAGGAAGCUGCAGUUGCCAAUCACAGUGGUAGAUGGAGGAAUCAGAUGAGAAGGGCUGCUCAUGAUGGUUGCUGUCAUCGGGUUGCUCAAACACGGGCAUUAUGUUCUGUUCUUUGGAAAUUACUUGUUUCUGAAAAUCUUGCUGAAGUGCUUAUAGGAAUAGAAAUCCCAUUGGUAAGAAUUUAUAGGAAUAGUAAUUUACACCAAAUUUUGUUUUAAAUGCAUAUUUUUGUGUUAUAGUAUAUAAGCCAUAUACCUAUA